AUUGGCCAGCUGCCGGCUUAAAUGCGCAUAUAAAAAGACAGUUCGCUCAGCAAUCGACAAUCAGUUCACAGCCAACGCUCAAAGUGAGAACUAGAACUUGUUUUUAAAAACUUACAAUAAACAACAAAAACAUAAUCAAAAUGAAAUUCUUCACCGUAGCCGUUGUACUCGCCUUCGUCGCCGUCGCUGCUGCACAAGACGGUGGUCUCAAAUUGAGCGAAGAGCAAAAGCAAAAGGUGCACACUUUGGGCGCCGAGUGUCUGAAGGAAACCGGCGCUUCCGAGGAAGCUGUACGCGCUGUCGGCAAAGGUGAUUUCAGUCAAGUCGAUGGCAACGUGAAAUGCUUUGCCAAGUGUCUGCAAGGAAAAUUGGGUUACUUCGUCGAUGGUAAAGUCAAUGAGGCUGCCGUACAGAGCUCAUUGGGCAAAUUGGUUGGUGAGGAGAAAAUCAAGGCCAUUCAAGCUAAGUGCAAUGGCUUGAAGGGUACCGAUGAUUGUGACACCGCUUUCCAAUUGCACAAAUGUUAUGCGACCGAGAAUGCAUCCAUCCUUGUUUAAAUAUCAUCAAUCGUCAAAAAAGUAUUAGUAGUUAUGCCGGAAAUAUGUAUAUUAUAAGAAGAAUACUCUUAAGACACUCCAAUAUGUGGCAAAUAAAAUACGUGCACCUUUCAUGUUUGAAAAGUUAAA